GGCGCGGCGGCGGGCGCCGCGUUCAGUCCUCUGCGGCCGUUGUCGCGCUUCGCUGCUGCCUGCCCGCCCCGCCGCCGCCGCCUCCCGCUCCGCCAGCAUCGCCGCCGCCAUGAACGGGCAGCUCAACGGUUUCCAUGAGGCUUUCAUCGAGGAAGGCAGCUUUCUCUUCACCUCCGAGUCCGUGGGCGAGGGGCACCCAGAUAAGAUCUGCGACCAGAUCAGCGACGCGGUCCUGGACGCCCACCUCAAGCAAGACCCCGACGCUAAAGUGGCCUGCGAAACUGUUGCCAAGACGGGGAUGAUCCUGCUGGCGGGGGAGAUCACUUCCCGAGCUGCUGUCGACUACCAGAAGGUCGUGCGGGACACCAUCAAGCACAUCGGUUACGACGAUUCCUCCAAAGGCUUUGACUACAAGACGUGCAACGUGUUGGUGGCCCUGGAGCAGCAGUCCCCAGACAUCGCCCAGGGCGUCCACCUGGACCGCAGCGAGGAGGAUAUCGGCGCCGGAGACCAGGGCCUGAUGUUCGGCUACGCCACGGACGAGACGGAGGAGUGCAUGCCGCUGACCAUCGUCCUGGCGCACAAGCUCAACGCCAAGCUGGCCGAGCUGCGCCGCAACGGCACCCUGCCCUGGCUGCGGCCCGACUCGAAGACGCAGGUGACGGUGCAGUACAUGCAGGAUCGCGGCGCCGUGAUCCCCAUCCGCGUGCACACGAUCGUCAUCUCGGUGCAGCACGACGAGGAGGUGAGCCUGGACGAGAUGCGGGACGCGCUCAAGGAGAAGGUGAUCAAGGCCGUGGUGCCGCCCAAGUACCUGGACGACGACACCAUUUACCACCUGCAGCCCAGCGGCCGCUUUGUCAUCGGGGGCCCCCAGGGCGACGCCGGCCUCACGGGCCGCAAGAUCAUCGUGGACACGUACGGGGGCUGGGGCGCCCACGGCGGCGGCGCUUUCUCCGGCAAGGACUACACCAAGGUGGACCGUUCGGCCGCUUACGCCGCGCGCUGGGUGGCCAAGUCGCUCAUCAAAGCCGGGCUCUGCCGCAGGGUGCUGGUGCAGGUUUCCUACGCCAUCGGGGUGUCGCACCCCUUGUCCAUCUCCAUCUUCCACUACGGCACGUCCCAGAAGAGCGAGCGGGAGCUGCUGGAGAUCGUGAAGAAGAACUUCGACCUCCGCCCUGGGGUCAUCGUCAGGGAUCUGGAUCUGAAGAAGCCCAUUUAUCAGAGGACUGCAGCCUAUGGCCACUUUGGUAGGGACAGUUUCCCCUGGGAAGUUCCCAAAAAGCUAAAAUACUGAAAGUGUUAGGCUUUUUUCCCCACUCCUGUUGGCGUAGGCUACAGAGAAGCUUUCAGGCUCUGGGGGAAAGAGCUCCUCUUCCCUAAGCUCUCCUGUCCUCCCUUCCAGCUCUUACUCACCUCUGUCUGUUGCCAUGAUUUCAGUUGGGUGGGGACCACGUGCGGCCUCGUGCCUCUCCCCGGGCCAGCGGCCCGCUCGCUCCCGGAGCCCCCCCGGCCCAGACGGGCGCCCUCUUCCCGCCCGCGCCGGCUCCGGCCCCCCUUUCCCCCCCUCCCCGGUGCCGCCAUCGUCCUGGUGACGCACGCGCCUCUGACGUCUGUGGUUCCCUCCGGCAUCUGUCUGCCUUUUUAAUCUCGUGACGUCUGAGCUCGGAGACGGCAAAGCACUCCCGGCCCCGGCUGGCCCCUUUUCCUCCGCCUGUCACUUUUCCACGGAGGGGGGGAAUUUUCCCUGUCCUGUAGAGCCCCCCCCCCGGCUCACCGGUGCUGGCCGGCCCCUCGGCUUGCUUGUGCGCCUCGUCCCGCUCGGACCUCGGUGGUGCUGUUUUUGUCCCUAACUCCCAGCUCUCGAGCGGCACCGGAUUUUAACCUCUCCGCUUCCAGCUCUUUCUCUCUCUCUCUCUUUCUCGGAGGACGUACGUAAUAAGGGAGAGAGGGGGGGGUGUUAAAACCCACCUCGCCCCCUCCCUCCCACCUUGUAGCUCAGCACUAGCCCAAAGGGCGCCCGGCUUGCCGAGCUCCGGCACCAGCCCCGAGCUCUGUAGGCCGCCCGCUUUGGUACCGGAGGAAUUUUGUUGUUUUUUUUUUCCUUUUUUUUUUUUUCUUUAUAAGAAAGCAGAAAAUUAAUCCACAACUGCACAAAACAACUCCCUCCUCCCACCCUCGAGCUUUGCGCUGGGAGGCGGGAGGGGGGGGGGCACACAGCGGCGAGGCUCCGGGGAAGGCGAGGAAGGGGGGGGAAACGGCCCUUCAUACUUGAACGUUUUUUUCUAACGGCUUAUUUAUUGUGUCCUGAGGCGCGGGGUGUGAGUACAGAGAAGCCCCCGGGCUCAGACGGCAGCUCUUAUUUUCCCGAAAGCCCCCCCUGCACCUUGAUCCCUGGCUGCUUUCCCCCCCCCCGGCCCCGGCAGGCCGAGGUGUCCUACAGAAAAACCUCGGGUCCUACCUGCCGGGGUUAAAUUUUUGAGGGGGGGGAUCAGGUUGUAAAUGGAUUUGGGGGGGGGGGGGGAGAGGGGAGGGCAGAGCUGGGGUGGCCCCGGGCCUGAGACCGCGGCUCAUUUGGCCGGUGUGGUACAGAGAAGCCGGCUUGUUUACGUGCCCGGCCCGGGUCCGCCGCCCCCCAGAAAGUGCCUUGGGGUGUGGGGGUGAGGGUGGCGGGGGGGCUUUCUUUCUCUCUCUCUCUUUUUUUUUUCCUCUCUUUUUCUCUCUCUCUUAAUAACUUUUUUUUCUGGAGGUUUUAUUACGUAUGUCUCGAUUUCACCGAUUAACUCAAAAACAAAUCUCAAUAAAACCGCUAGGUUCUACCGUA